GAAAAGUGGUCGGUGAGUACCGUGACCCGUAACGGUUUCCCCACCUGUUGGCCAUUGGUUCUCAACCUAUACCGCAUACAGCGCGGGGGUGGCAGUGCCGGGCGCCCACGCGUAAUGUGAGCCACUGAGGCGAAACGGUCACUACGUUCGAGACGAUCAUCGGCCAUUUUUCUUGUCGCGGUCUUUCGUUUCACUUGUUACGCCUUGGUCGUCGUCUGACGCUCGUCCACUCUACGUCACUACUCAACGGUGCCAAACGCUAAACCACGUUACAUCGUAGCCGGAGCAGUCGCCGUCGUUCCAGUUGCAUUUGCCGACGCUAAACUCAUUCUUCCGUCAUGUCUUCAAGAGAGAUAGAAGGCGUUGAAAACAUAAUACCUAGUGGUACUGCUACAGAAGAGGAUCAAGAAGAGCUGUAUUCUGUGGAAUUAAUUUUAGAUAAACGUUUAAAUAAUAAUAAGGUAGAAUACUUCCUUAAGUGGAAAGGCUAUGAUGAGAGAGAUAACACGUGGGAACCAGAAGAGAACCUUGAUUGCGAAGAAAUGAUAAAUGAGUUUGAAGAAAAUCUUCGAAAGGAAGAAAAAGAAAGAAAAAGAAUGGAAAAACGUAGGCGCCGUGCCUUGAAGCAGAGACUUUCAAAUUCAACAACUACAUUUUGUCCUUCAUCAGAAGCUAUUUCUGUUGACGCAGUGAUAAAACAGGAAAAGGAAAACAAUAUUGAACAAGUCAAAACGGGUGAUGUUUCUAAAGGUAUUGAGAUGACUCCUGAAAAAAUUUUAGGAGCAACUGAUGAAAGUGGUCAAUUGAUGUUUCUGUUAAAAUGGAAAGAAUUAGAGGAAGCCGAAUUAAUACCUGCUAAAGAGGCUAAUUUAUUGUGCCCACGAAUUGUUCUCGAUUUUUAUGAAAGUAGGAUUACAUGGCACUCCAACUCUGAAAAUAUAAAUGGCGUUUAACUAUUGUAAUACGAAGAAAGACGUGUGUUUAAAAAAUAACAUUUAUUUUAUAUCAAACCCUAUGGUAAAUGUUUUCAAUUAUUUUAUUUUUAUUUUAUUUUAUUUAUUAUAUGUUGUAGUUAUGCCUUACAAAUAAAUAUGUCAGAUGAUCAAUAAUAAAAUACUUAAAUGUUAGUAACUAAAUAUGAUUUCAUAAAAUUAAAUUUUUUUUUAUAAUCAAGAUUGA